AUGGCUCUCGAAUGGGAACAAGCCCAAGAGAAGAAGCAGGACCAUACACCUCCCCAAGUACCGAUUAGGACCCCUCCGACACCGAUAACAAGGCCACCAUCGGAGAUCUCCUGCUUUGUCGAUGCCGCUUGGGAUGCAAGAUCAAAGAGAUCGGGUGUUGCAUGGCGAAUCUCCAGGAAUCAACCGCACCUCCGCCUCUCAGGAACUCAAAUCUUUGAAGCCGUCUCAUCUCCUCUAGUCGCCGAAUCGCUUGCGCUUCUAACCGGAAUCAAACAGACGCUCCAAAUGGGAUUUCAAUCAGCCGCCUUCUACUCGGACUGCCAAACGCUCACUAGAGCAAUCAACUGCAAAAACCAGAUCAUAGAGAUCUUUGGUGUUCUUCACGACAUCGAUCACUUCUCUUCUCGUUUUUCUUCUAUCUCCUUCCAGUUUGUCUCCCGUUCUCAGAACGGAGAAACUGAUGCUUUAGCCAAGCGGGCCCUUAAGGUCCACGUUUCUUCUUUGCCUUCUUUGUAA